GUUUCCCUCUUUCUUUCUUCCCCUCCUUUCUCCAUGAAAGCUUAGCUUCUUUCAAACAAGACCCAGAAAUCAGAAAUCAAAGGUACAGAUGGGAAAGUAUAUAAGGAAGACGAAGACGGUAGGGGAGGUUGCUGUAAUGGAGUUGUCGCAGUCCUCCCUCGGGGUUCGUACCCGUGCUAAAACCCUAGCCCUUCAACGCCUCCAAAAGUCCCUCUCUUCUCCAGCUAAUAGGUCAGCUCCGGUUCCAUCUGGGUCAGCUGGUGGUGGGUCGUAUCUUCAGCUGAGGAGCCGUCGCCUUGAGAAGCCACCGAUUUUGGUCCCCCACGACUCUAAGAAACAGAGGCAGCAUCAGCAACAGGGUGGUAACAGACAGGGGUCGGUGCAAAACCCUAACCCUAGGCCUAAUUCGAGGGCGCGGAUGGCUCAGGGGUCAGGUUCGGUCGGGGAAAAGGAGGGCGAGGUUGAGGCUAAAGAAGACGAGAUUGCACACGGGAAUGAUGAUAGCCAUGCGAGCAAGAGAAACAGUACCAACAGGGAUUUGAGUGUUGAGGUGUCUUUUGGGGAAAAUGCUUUGGACAUUGAUGGUAGAGAGAGGAGCACUAGGGAAUCAACCCCUUGCAGCUUGAUAAGGGAUCCAGAAAGUGUAAGAACGCCUGGUUCUACUACUAGGCCUACUAGUUCAACAGAUGCUAACAGGAGAGUUCAGAAUUCAAUGCAACGACGCAUUCCAACAGCACAUGAAAUGGACGAGUUCUUUGCUGGUGCAGAAGAAGAGCAGCAAAAACAAUUUGUUGAGAAGUACAACUAUGAUCCAGUCAAUGAUAAGCCUCUUCCAGGACGCUAUGAAUGGGAGAAAGUGGACCCUUAGACAUCUCCAGUGUUCCAUCAGGACUUAUUUUUCCUGCUAAUUCUCAGGCCUUAGUUGAUCUUGAACUUAGGAUUUUUUAGCAGGAAUUAGUGUUAGUUGUAAUGGUGAUGGUCUUAUUUCCAUUUUCCAUCACCCCUAAUUUACUUGUAAAGAAAGUAGAACCGUUGAAAAAACUGUGUAGACUAAUGGUCUGUAACAUAACAGAGGUAAUGAGUCACACAACAAAUACAAAUCAAAGUCCUUUGUCUAACAGAUCAUCUGAGAAGGGAAAGGGAAGAUGGUGUAGGUUUAGAGUUAGGACUAGCAAACUAGUUCAGUCUAUGUGGUACAGAAAUUACUAGUUUUUCUCUUUCUUUUGUACUGUAUUUUCCUCCCUUUCCUUGUCUAUACUUGUACUGAUGGAACUCCAGAAACUCUUUGGAAUAAACGAGAUUCCUUUCC